GUUUGUUGAGAGAGAGAGAGAGAGAGAAGAGGAAAGAAAUCAAGGAGAAGAAGAACGGAGGGAGAAGAAUGAAGAAAGAGUGCAAGUGUAGGAGCUUUUCCAUACUUUGAUUUGAGCCUUGGAGCUCUACCAAGGUGGAGGGUGCUGCUGAUGAUAAGCCAAUGAACCAGCUUCAACCUCUAAAUUCCAAAGGCCAUAGCCCUACAAAUACCAGCUCCCACCCCCCCCCCCCCAACCCCAUUUCGGUUCUAUCUUAAUUUUAAUUGUCUUGGAAAGAAAAGAUGUUUGUCCAAGCUUCUUUUGCUCCCUUUUCAAACCUAUUCCAUUGUCUUGUUCCCCCAACUCAGUUCAUUCCUAAUUUUAGAUGUCUUAAAAGAAAGAUAUCUGUCCAUUCUUCUUUUGCACCCUCUCCAAACCCAAAUCAGCAUUUUGUUAGAAAUGAAAACACAAAUAUCAUUCACCGAUUAGCUGAUUUCCAUCCCAGCAUUUGGGGUGAUCACUUCAUCACAUAUGCUCCUAGUGAAAUGAAGUAUGAUCAUACUUGUCUUGAGCAAAUUGAAGAGUUAAAAGAAAACGUGAGGGGGAUGCUAGUGGCUGAUGCUAAAGAGUCUUUGAAGAAACUGAGCUUGAUCGAUUCAUUGCAACAGCUUGGUGUGGCAUAUCACUUUGAAGGAGAGAUCAAGAAUGUGUUAGAGCAGAUAAAUGAAGCCACAAAUGGCAGUUUUGAUAGUAAUGGCGACCUCUAUACCGUUGCUUUGCAGUUUCGUUUACUUAGACAGCAAGGGUAUAACGUCCCUUGUGAUGGUUUCAACAGAUUCAAGAUUAGCAAUGGUAAGUUUAAGGAAGACCUAAUUAAUGAUGUGAGUGGAAUGCUAUCCUUGUACGAAGCUACACAUUUGAGGGUACAUGGAGAAGAUAUUCUCGAUGAAGCCUUGGAGUUCACAAGCACUAGACUUAAAUCCAUAGUCAUUGAUGAUCUAAAACCUCCUUUUGCAACACAAGUGACGAAUGCCUUGGAACAACCUUUUCACAAAGGCCUGCCAAGACUAGAAGCUCGGAGAUACAUCUCUGUUUACCAAGAAGACGAAAAAAAGAAUGAAUCUCUUCUUAAGCUUGCAAAACUAAAUUUCAAUCUACUGCAGUCCAUCCACGCACAGGAGCUUAGUCAACUGUCAGAAUGGUGGAAAGAAUUGGACUUUAUAUCAAAGCUACCUUGGGCUAGAGAUCGACUUGUGGAGUGCUACUUUUGGACAGUGGGGGAGUAUUUUGAGCCUUAUUAUGGUUUUGCUAGAAAGUUCUUCACUAAAAUUUGUCUCCUGACUUCGAUCAUUGAUGAUACCUAUGAUGUGUAUGGUACACUCGAAGAACUUCAGCUCUUCACAAAUGAGAUUGAGAGGUGGGAUCCUAACCCCAACGAUCAACUCCCAGAAUACAUGAAGGUGCUCUACUCUUCACUUUUAGAUGUUUACAAUGAAAUUGAAGAAGAUUUGAGAAAGGAUGGACAAUCUUAUAGUGUCAAAUGUGCAAAAGAAGCGAUGAAAAUACUAGUUAGAGCCUACUUCAUGGAGGCCAAAUGGUUUAACGAUAGAUAUAUUCCAACAUUUGAAGAGUACAUGGAAGUCGCAUCAAUCACAGGUGGAUGUACCCAUCUCACAGUCGUUGCCUGUGUUGGCAUGGGAGAUUUUAUGACAAGGGAAGUCUUUGAUUGGGUAAUGGAUGAACCUAAGCUUGUGAAGGCUUCAAACUUAAUUGCCAGGCUCAUGAAUGAUAUAACCUCCCAUAAGUUCGAGCAAGAGAGAGGGCAUGUCUAUUCUUCUGUUGAGUGCUACAUGGAGCAAAAUGGCGUCUCUGAGAAAGAGGUAAUUGAUGUGCUUAAUAAAAAAGUGGAGGAUGCAUGGAAAGAUAUAAAUCAAGCUUGCAUGAAACCGACUGCCUUCCCAAUGCCACUUUUGUUACGGUGUGUCAACCUUGCUCGUAUAACUGAUGUCAGCUACAAGUAUAAAGAUGGUUACACUCUAUCACAUGAAGUGUUGAAGGAGUUCAUCACCUCAUUGUUUAUUGAUCCCAUAAAUGUUUGAGCUUGGAGUUGUGACUUCUAUGCCACUUUGGGAGCCUUACUUUACUCGAACCAUGAAUUGUUUUUCCUAGUUAUAUAUGUAGAUUAGGGUUUUAUAAGAGACAUGCACUUGUAAUGGAUAAUGUAAUAAGUGCAAACUAGGUUAUUUAUUGUAAUGGAUUGUGAUUUCUUUUUUUGUUU